AACAGCGCUAUUAAAAUGCAACCGAGGCAAAGUAACUUAUCGAUCGGGGCAUCAUUAUGAAUGUGAACACUGUUAACAUCGGACUCCAGUCGAUAAGUCUCUGUUCACGGGUGAAUCAGUUCCUAAGUGAUCUAAAACACAAUAGAAUACAUCUUUCUGAGCGGGCCUCCCCUGAGGAUUGUUUCGUUUUGUGAAAAGUAGGUCACUACACAGCACACUUUAUCAAACGGUGCACUGACAAGUGGACAGAAAGCCCUGGAAAAAUAAAUAUUUGUAACCAAUUCUGACUAUGCAUCAAGGCCAACCUCAAGGGCACCAGGCUCCACCGUACCAACCUUACGGCGCCCCUCAGUAUGGACAGCCCUAUCAAACUCCACCGAGUUAUAACUACACUCAAGGUGGAUACGUUCCAGUCAUGUCCCAUCCAGUGUCGGAGCAGCCAGGGGGCGCACAGCCUAUGAAACCAGGCUAUGGACCACCCCAGGGCCAGCCUGCCUACGGACAGCCGCCUUACGGCCAACCACCCUACGGCGCUGGACAGCCCCCGUACGGACAGCCCAUGCCCGGUCAACCAGGCUUCAUGGCGGGAGCACCACCAGGACAAUUUGGUCCGCCUCCUCAGGUGUGGAUGCCUGCGAUACAGUCCGCCCCCAACUGUCCAAAAGGUUUAGAAUACUUGACCCAACUGGACCAGGUCUUGAUAAAACAAGAAGUACAUAUGCUGGAAGUCAUGCUCAACUGGGAGUGCAACAACAAGUACAAGAUAGUCAACAAUCAAGGACAACAGUGUUACUAUGCGUUCGAAAAAUCCAACGCAUGUGCAAGGCAGUUCUGUGGUGCCAGAAGAGGUUUUAAAAUUCAUGUAGCUGACAAUGCCAAAGAGAAAAUAUUCACAAUUAAAAGACCUUUCAAAUGUUUUGGUGGCUGUAACUGGUGUGCUGGCCUCAGGUGUGUACAAGACGAGGUCAGUGUGUACGGCAAGGACGGAACACAGUAUGGAUAUGUCAGACAGGCUUGUUCCUUCUGGAAACCCCAUUACACUGUUUUAGACCACAAUAAAGAUCCACAGUUUGAAAUCUGGGGACCUUGCUGUCCAUGCACUGUCUGUAACCAGAAUAUCGAAUUCCCGGUACGCAAGUUCGGAACAGAGACAGUGGUGGCCAAUAUAACAAAACAAUGGUCGGGCUUGUUUCAAGAGUACUUUACAGAUGCUGACAACUUUGGUAUUUCUUUUCCCAUGGAUCUCGAUGCCAAGAUGAAAGCAACUCUAAUGGGCUGCGUGUUCCUAAUUGACUUUAUGUACUUUGAGAACAACCAGCAGAAUCAGAAUCAUCAUCAUCAUUUUUAAAGGAAACAUGGACUGAAAACUAUUGAAACACAGACAUUUCAACAGAAUUUGCGACUGAAUAGACCUUGCAAAUAAACGCGCCUUACGAAUUAGUGUGACAUGUAUAAAAUGUGAAUAUAUUUACAUAACAUAUGCAAAACAUUAACAUAAACCAUUUUUAGGUAUUUCAUGUUUUUUUAUUUAUACAUAUUCCCUAAAAGACGCAGUCUUCGAUACUGGCGUUUAAGGUUAAAUGCAAACAAAUAAAUAAGAACAAUUACACUUGCCUGUUACGUGUGUCUGUUAAGGGAAAGUUCACCUUGACAUAACGGCCAUUUUGCCUAAGGCCAGGAUCAUCUCCAAAACCUACCCCUUUAUGUCCUCUCGAGGACCCGGUUUCAAAUUUCUGGGAACCAUCUUCUUUUUAAACAAAUGAUGCAUAAUUUUAUUUCAUUGUUGACAAGUCGAGUGUGUAUCACCGACAACACGCGAACAGAUGCGGAACAGUGCUAAGGCCAUUAAAGGGAACAGCUGUGGAGAUCGUAGUCUUCAUACAUAUGAAUAUUAAUGAUCUCUAUGCAGGAAAGAAGCAGAGACAGAAAGAGAGAAAUUGUGCCAUACAUACAGAGAAUAUACAUUAUGGCGAGCCAAAAAGAAAUAAAAGCAAGCCAAAAGAAAUAAAAGAGCCCUGGAAGAGAAAUUCAAUAAGAAAACUGAGAGCCUCAGUGGCAGGUUCUUAUAAAACAGACACAACCACUUAUCACAAAGGCUUUUAAAUUGAUCUAUGUAGAGAUGAUUCAGUGUUGAUUUAAAAUAUUUUUGUUGACCCUAGCCUUCUUAAUUUUACUGACACACACAUUUACAAAUAUAAAUGACAAGCACACACACAGUGACGAACACACAGCUUUGCUUUCUGUCAAUAUGCUACUAAAAAAGAAGAUGAAAAAAAUGUCAAAAAAUUAGAUAAUCCCUCCCCUCCCCCAAACAUGCAGCAUUGGGAGUCCUUCUGCCUUUCUAAUGACUUGGAUAAAGAAGAUGGGUCAGGAGCCAAGCCUAUCUAAGACAAAAAAGCGCCUUGGCUGAGGUUCUCAAGCAGCCUCAAACUUCGUGACUACUGAGAAACCCAAACUGUGUUUAUAAGAGUGCACCUCAGAAGUCCUCCCCUCACAACUAUUUCAAUAUCUGGCCUGUCUUGAACAAUGCAUGCUCUAAAGAAGACAGUUACAAGUUAGCAAAUGGAGUUUGUGUUAACACCAACUCAUAGGCGGCACCUGUGGGUCCGCUGUUGGCUAGGAGAUGCAUAUAUUUAUGUAAAAAACUUAUAUCCUGUAAUACAUUUGUAUACCCUAGUUAUUCUUUUACGUGUUAUUUAUUUGUUGUAAAUUUUCAUUCAUAUUAAUGUCAGCAUUUGAUGGGUUCCCAAAUUAUUGUAUCAUUAGAUACAUUUAAAAUUAAAAGUUUAUGUACACAUAUUUGUUGUACCUAAUUCAUGUUUAACUGUUACAUCUCUUUGAGGCUUUCUUCUCCUGAGGACCUGUUGAAGAAUCUCAGUUAGCUAUACCCUUUUAAAUUCAGUACUUGUAAAGACGUUGAAGAUGCCUCGUAUUAGCUUAGGGCUGAAGAGCUUAUUUGCAAAGGAUUUAAUUUCUUUCCUCAAGAAUGUGUAGCUUUAAUGUGUUGCUGCCAAAAAAUUUAUAUUGUAUUUAAAAAAAAGUUGUAGUGGCUACUCAAUACCCUCGUAUACAUUAUGCUAAAUAAAAUGAUUUAAUCGUUAAUUGGAAGGUGAACUCUGUGUAAUGCUUAAGGUUAGAAAACCAAUGACUAAUUUAUGUGUAUGUGUAAAGCUUAACUUCCACCAGGAUUCAAACCCAGCACCAUGGUUUGGAAGCCAAGCCCUUUACCGCUCGGUCACCGCGCCGUCAUCAAUUUAGGAGCAAUAUAUUUUUUUUAAUUGGAACAUUAAAUAUUUUAUUUAACUUCAGGAAUGCAUGAAUUAAUCUCAAAUACAUGUUUACUAAUUAGACCCUACCAAUGUCACUGUUAAUCCUCUGGUAUAGAAUUAGUUAUUUGACCUUUUUUUAUUCAAAAAGAAUAUGUUGAACAGUUCGUAGAUAAAAAUACUUAUCUCAAGUUGACCUCCAAUCUGAACACAAAGGCAACACCUUAUCUUAGACGGUAAUUUAAGUUAAAGACAGUAAUGAGUCAAAUUUACUUUGCAUGACAAGGUAAAGCCCCCCCCCCUCCCCUUCUUUUGUCCCCAAUCAUGUUGAUUGAAGGGCCCAUUCAAUCUUUUCCCUUUGACUUUCUCAAAGGGAUAUAGUCCGAUACACAAUGUUCUCAUUACGAUAAGCUUUUAUUUCUGUAGUGUUAAUCCAUUACUCCUCGUUAGCUCUAAGGGUUUUAAUUUUCCUUAUCUUUACCUUUUACUAAACCAAUUAUGUUGAAAUGUUUUGAAAAUGAUUGUUACAGAUGACCUAGAUGUACAUUUAUUUCCUCCUGUAAAAUAAAACCAAUACACUUACAGUUACUAAAGAGAGA